UGAAGCCUUCAAGUGGAUGGGAGACAAGCAGUGCAAUCGAAUGCAACUGCGCCGUAGUUUGGUCACCUUUUGGCAUUGACGGGGGUUUGUGACAUCACUAUCAUGGGUUCUGCCAGUUCUGUCCAACGCGAGAGUCCCUCGUCGGUUUCGUUCUCUCAAGAACUCGUCGAAACACUAUCGGAAAAUGCGGCGAAUGCUGUACUUUCUCCGGGUAGACAAAAUACGUUGGAUGCCCAGAUUCGAAGCCGUAUUCAGGCUGAACUUGAACAUCUCCGGUUCCAAGAGCAAGUUGUUCGCGAUGAAAUCCACUCAGCUCUUGAAAAAGAGAAUUUGGACCGCGAACGGGCUGUGUCUGGCGACCCGGAAUCUAUCAGAACGUCUGCUGCAUUGCUUGCUGACCUAGACGACGUUCGCUCCAAGAUAGAUCGUUUUCACGCGCGGCGCGAUUUAUCAGAAUACCCUGGGCUCAAGGGCCUUGGUGAGACGUUGGUUGCCUGUUAUAGAAACAAUGCAAACACACCCCUGGAUUGCUGGCAGCAGGUUGCCCAGUUCAAAGAUUCAGUUUCUCGAGUAGAAAAGGAACAUAUGCAAUCGUUACAGUAGAACUGCCCUUCCAUUUCCGUCAUGUUAUUGUAUUGCGGAACUAUUUGGGAAACUUCACGUCCGGGUCCGGUCUGCCCACGAUGUUCUAGUUAACGCAGUUUCGAUGAUGCCAAGAGGAACUGGGAUCACAUUUGGCAGAGCCCGAUGCUGAUGUUCCUCCCCGCUUUCUUCCGAAUACAUGGAUGCUGAGCUGACGCUCGAGGGGAGCCUGGGCAUCGCUCGUGAAAUUGGCGGGAGGUUGUGCUGGUCGGCCAAGAUUGAGUACGGUGGAAAUGGCUCGAAGAUUGUGAUUCGAGGACUGUUCUUCUGGGGCAUCCAAGGUUUAUGCUGUACUAAUGUGCAGGUGCUGAGAGGGCCCUCUUCUUUCUUGUGCUAUGGUGCCACUGUUGGCUAAAAAGGAGCACGAAAGAGAGCGCGACGACUGACUGGCUUAAUUCUUGCUUUAUGUUGACCCCUG